UUUUUUUUUUUUUUUUUUUUUUGACUUUUUACAUGUAUAAGGGAUUAAUUUGCAAUUGCGACCUGUACAAAUGUUUAAGACAGUAAAACACUUAAAAAAAUGUAAACACAUUAUAAAUGUUAGAAAGUAUAGGUUUUCACCAUUGCUGUGUUCAGGAUUUUUUUUUGGGCGGAGCUAAAACGGUGGCUCGAUGACGCACUGGAGCCACUGAGCUCCUGGCCCCUCCCCAAACAACAUAACUAGAGCACACAUUCGCGUCAGUUCGCCGUUCAAUCGCGAGUUUCUGUGGACUACCAUCGUUUAAAAUGUUGGCAAGAGGCGAUGAGAUAUUUGGUGCGCUUCCAAACAGGUUCUAGCGUUGAAACGACGGACGAUGACAAGAAGAGAAAGAGAAUCUCAAAUUCCAAGUACAGACCCCAGGCCUCUUCUGAUGAAGAGGAGUCUAGUCUUCCAGAUGCACCAGCAGUGCUGUCGUUUGGACAACCUCUUUUGAGCUUUGAAAACAUUGUUCCUGGUAACAAGGUUUCAGUGCUGCCCGAUGCUCCAGAAGUUGCAUCGAUUCCAGAAAACCAGGAAAAUGUUGUGCCAUCUGUAGACUUCAGAGGUGAACCAGGUUUCUCCCCAGAAAUUCAGACUCCACUUCACAGAGCCAAGAGUUUGAGUACAAGACACUUGACUGGUUACUCGCCGCAGCAGUUUCUGGAUGAAAGGUGUCGAGCUCGUCAAGUACUAAGCUUUACACCCCCAGCAGCAAAUUUACCCUGGCAGCAUAUGGGUGAAAACGCUGGAGGAGAAAGUCAUCGCUCUGUAAUUGGCCCUUGGACUCCCCUGGCAUCUCGUGUACAGCAUGAAGUUUUCAGCUAUGAAGAUUUCCAGAGACUCCAGAAUGAAAAACAAGCCGUGAUGGAGGAGAACCAAGCCCUUAGGGAGGAGAACCAAGCCCUGAGGGAGGAGAACCAAGCUCUGAGGGAGGAGAACCAAGCUCUGAGGGAAAGCACUGCACGAGCAGCUUCGGAUGACAGCGGCUCACUUCAAGAGCAGGUGAAGCAAGUUGGGACAAUGUUGAAGACGUUUGCUCGCACUGGGCAAUCAGGUGCAGAUCAGACCUUAAUGCUGCGACGUCUUGGAGAGUUUGGCGAUGUUGUGCGUAGCAUGGACAACAAAAUGGACACUAUGCUGCAACAUUUCAGUGCCAAUGUGUCUGUUGGAGAGUUAUCCCUGCCAGGGGAUCUGUUACUCCCCCUAGACACCCAGGAAGAUUUGGCGUUGCUUGACAACAGUUUGAGGCAGGAUAAAGAGCUCCAGGAACGAUUUCUUCGGUUUUUGGCAAUCAAAUGUGGGAGGGACCUAAAGACAACCGUCUGGCGGAUGCUUCAAAGUAUCUUCUCUAAUCACCUUUCCAUCAAUACAACCUGGACUGGAGUUGGGGAUAAAGCAUGUUUUAGAGACAUGUUCCUGAAGACCAUUGUUCAAAGAGCCAUCCGGAAGAACCCGGCAACACAGGAUGCCACUGAUGAGGCCAUCCAGGUUAACGUUACGCGUUACCUGAAAGGAGCAUCUGACCGUGAAGGCGGAAAAAGGCGCCGCACAGCUGAGAGGGACCCACAGCCGACCCCUUAAACCUAGGCUGACUACUGACAUCCCAGCAUCACUGACAACUGGAACCCUUUCUUUAUCCUGCAGUCAGUAACAUCAAGACCCCUAAAGAAGCCAGAAGUGUCAGACUGCACUCCCCAAUCCACACUGUUCACUGUGGAUAUUAUCAUAGUGCUUAACUUAUUAUAUUGUUAAAUAUAGCUUGUAAAUCCUUGUGCCACAGGUCAGCAUUGCAGUUAUAUCUGUUCUACUACUUUUUUUACCUCAGUAUUUUUUAUAUAUAUUUGAAGAUGUUUAUCACAGAUACAAGAGACAUCUUGUACCCCAGGUCAGCAAUGCCAUUAUAAUGGUCUAUUCUACUCCAGAGCUUUAUUCUAAAUUAUUACCACUUAUCUUAUUGUUAGAAAUGGCUUGUAAAUGUGAUGUUAUACC